AUGAACGCUUCGCUUCUGGAGUUGAAGGGGCGUGCCGCCUGCCCGUUUACCAGCCUGGAGCUCAUUGACUGCAGGAUGGAUCUGUGGGCUCUCGGGAGACUUGGGAGGGCUCCGCCAUGCAGCUGUCCGCGUUCUCUCAUCCUCGAUUACUGCAGACUUGGAAGUGAAGAAAUUGAGAGUAUUUUCUCAGGCCUGGAGAACAACCAAAGGCUUCAAGCCCUCAGUCUGCGCUACUGUGGUCUGGGGCCACAGAGCGGGCCAUGGCUGGGUGUCAUCAUAUACCACAGCUCCAUUUGUGAGCUGCACCUUGACGGCAAUUACUUACAGUGUUCUGGGGCUCUGAGUCUCCUCAGACCUGUAGCCGAGUAUGCAAAGACACAGGGGAGAGAGCAGCCGGCCACAUCCCCACCAGACCCCGGGAGUCCCCCUCAGCAGCUACAGGCCAAACAGAGGGGAAGUUCAACUUUGAACCAGAUUACAAAGUCACCUGGAGCUCUAACAGGGAAAACUACUUCAGGGAAGGAGAGGAGAAAAAAAGGAAUCAAGAAAAUUAAAGAUUUGACUGAUACUGGUCCUUGGUUAGUGAAAUUGUAUUUGGCAGAUAAUGGCAUAGACGGAAAAGGAAAAGAAGGAGAAAAUGGCUUGCUGGAAUUCACUCAAAUUUUAACAUGCCUGAUCACAUCCUCUGCUCACUUAAGGGAAAUUGACCUCGGAAACAAUGUCCUGGGAGAAAUGGCUGUUGCUGACAUUCUUGAAGCACUGAGAGCCAGAAAGACAGGUAAACUCCCAAUCUUAAAAAUUAUAGUCACUCCUCAAGUCUCUUCAGAAACCUUCAGAUCUAUUUGGAAAAAUAGCAGGAAAUCUAGUAUUACCCGUAGAAAGAAGAAGAAAGCUAAAAACUGAAGAUGGAUGCCAUAGAUCUUUAUGGAUGCUGUCUAUUUCCAUGGCCAACCAGACGUAUAGAAAGAUAUAGCUUUUUCUAUAAUAAUAGUUUUCACUGGAACCAAGCCCAUCUCAAAUUCUAAAAUUUGAUGACUAAUUUAUGAAAGUUCAAAGUAGUGUUAAUCCUGCUACGCUUGUCAUUUUCUAAAAUGUGGGUUUCACAAGUUGACCUUAGUAAAAAUAGGUAGGAUUCUUCUCUAGUGCUUCUUACGUGCUUGUGAAAUUUAUAACUUGAAGGAAGUCAUGAUCUUUAUCUAAGAAAGAAAGAAUCUCCUUUCAUGAGUAUAUCUGUAGUUGGGAACAAUAGGAAUAUUUGGAAAUAACCACUUUCUGAAAGACAUCCCCCAAAAUGGGGAUCUUCCCCAAAUGAGGAAACUUCUACUCAAUCACUUUAACCACCCCACCACCACCACCAAAUGAAUAUGUCUGCUCCAUAGGAAAGAGAAGAGGUGUGGUUGACCAAUGUAUGGAUGAUAAAUUGGAUUAGUUGAAAGUUAUAUGCCAUGAAAAUAUGGUUCAGGGAUGAAAAGCAUGGACUGGGGAAUGAAAUGGACUGGAAUUCUCUGUGGAAAACUGGUGCUGUCCAGGUG